GGGACGGCAGGGGCGCCGGCGGGCGGACCGGGAAAAAGGUCGGGGCCAUGGGACGGCGUUUCGCCUCCAGAAGGUCCGGCCUCUGCYGCAACCCGAGACCGGGGUUGUGCAGGGUCCGGGCUCAGACCCGCGGGGCGGCUGCCCCUGCCCGGGCCGGGUGAGGGGCGCCGGCCCUAAGCUAGAGGAGCAGAGGAGGCCGCGCGCGGCCAGCUGGGCGCCUUCAGGAUGCUCAUCAAGGAGUACCACAUCCUGCUGCCCAUGAGCCUGGACGAGUACCAGGUGGCUCAGCUCUACAUGAUCCAGAAAAAGAGUCGGGAGGAGUCCAGUGGUGAGGGCAGCGGUGUGGAGAUCCUGGCCAACCGGCCCUACACUGAUGGGCCCGGGGGGAGCGGGCAGUACACACACAAAGUGUACCAUGUAGGCUCCCACAUCCCAGGCUGGUUCCGGGCACUGCUGCCCAAGGCCGCCCUGCAGGUAGAGGAGGAGUCUUGGAAUGCAUACCCCUACACCCGAACCCGGUAUACCUGCCCCUUCGUGGAGAAAUUCUCCAUUGAAAUAGAGACCUAUUACCUCCCUGAUGGGGGGCAGCAGCCAAACGUCUUCAACCUAAGUGGAGCUGAGAGGAGACAGCGGAUCCUCGACACCAUCGACAUUGUGCGAGAUGCAGUGGCUCCAGGUGAAUACAAAGCUGAAGAGGACCCCCGGCUGUACCGAUCAGUCAAAACAGGCCGAGGGCCACUGACUGAUGACUGGGCGCGGACAGCCGCGAAGACGGGACCCCUCAUGUGUGCCUACAAGCUGUGCAAGGUGGAGUUCCGAUACUGGGGCAUGCAGGCCAAGAUCGAGCAGUUCAUCCAUGAUGUUGGUCUGCGAAGGGUGAUGCUGCGGGCCCACCGCCAAGCCUGGUGCUGGCAGGACGAGUGGACAGAGCUGAGCAUGGCUGACAUCCGGGCACUGGAGGAGGAGACCGCCCGCAUGCUGGCCCAGCGCAUGGCCAAAUGCAACACCGGCAGUGAGGGGCCAGAGGCCCAGCCCCCUGGGAAACCCAACACUGAGAACCGGUCGGGGGCCAGCAGUACAGGCACCUCAGAUGGGCCAGAGGCCCCUGCUGGCCCUGAUGCCUCACCUGAUGCCAGUUUUGGGAAGCAGUGGUCCUCAUCCUCCCGUUCCUCCUACUCAUCCCAACAUGGAGGGGGCGUGUCUCCCCAGAGCUUAUCUGAGUGGCGCAUGCAGAACAUCGCCCGAGACUCUGAGAACAGCUCCGAGGACGAGUUCUUUGAUGCCCAUGAAGGCUUCUCGGACAGUGAUGAGGUCUUCCCCAAGGAAAUGACCAAGUGGAACUCAAAUGACUUCAUUGAUGCCUUUGCCUCCCCAACUGAAGCAGAGGGGACACCAGACCCUGGAGUCGAGGCAACUAAAGACAUCGAGGACAGGGCGCGAGUACCCAGGGACUCUGAGGGCCCAGAUGGAGCUGGGGACCUCGGGGCUGAGGCAUGCGCAGUCCAUGCCCUCUUCCUCAUCCUGCACAGUGGCAACAUCCUGGACUCUGGCCCGGGGGAUGCCAACUCCAAGCAGGCCGACGUGCAGACGCUGAGCUCCAGCUUCGAGGCCGUCACCCGCAUCCACUUCCCUGAGGCCCUGGGCCACGUGGCCCUGCGACUGGUGCCCUGCCCACCCAUCUGUGCCGCCGCCUAUGCCCUUGUCUCCAACCUGAGCCCCUACAGCCAUGAUGGUGACAGCCUGUCCCGCUCCCAGGACCACAUUCCACUGGCUGCCCUGCCACUGCUGGCCACCUCAUCUUCCCGCUACCAGGGCGCUGUGGCCACUGUCAUUGCCCGCACCAACCAGGCCUACGCAGCUUUCCUGCGCUCAUCUGAGGGUGCUGGCUUCUGUGGGCAGGUGGUGCUGAUUGGAGACGGCGUUGGUGGCAUCCUGGGCUUUGAUGCGCUCUGCCACAGUGCCAACGUGGGCACAGGGAGUCGGGGCAGCAGCCGCCGUGGGAGCAUGAACAACGAGCUGCUCUCUCCAGAGGUCGGCCCAGCACGAGACCCACUGGCAGAUGGGGCAGAGACACUAGGCCGUGCCAGUCCGGAACCCUCAGCUCUGCUUGCCCAGCGCACCCCCAGCGACAUGGCCAGUUCUGAGCCUGAGGGCUCUCAGAACAGCCUGCAGGCGGUCCCUGCACUCACCUCCUCUGGGGAGCCCCGGCGGCCUAGCACAGCCUCCUGCCCACCCGCUGCCAGUUCUGAGGCUCCUGAGGGGCCCACCAAUGCUGCCCGCCUGGACUUCAAGGUCUCUGGCUUCUUCCUCUUCGGCUCCCCACUGGGCCUGGUGCUGGCUCUACGCAAGACUGUGAUGCCCGCCUUGGAGGUGGCCCAGAUGCGCCCAGCCUGUGAGCAGAUCUACAACCUCUUCCAUGCGGCUGACCCCUGUGCUUCCCGCCUGGAGCCCCUGCUGGCCCCCAAGUUCCAGGCCAUUGCCCCACUGGCUGUGCCGCGCUACCAGAAGUUCCCCCUGGGAGAUGGCUCAUCUCUGCUGCUGGCGGACACCCUACAGACCCAUUCGGGCCUCUUCCUGGAAGAGCUAGAGAUGAUGGUGCCCUCAACACCCACCUCGGCCAGCGGCGCAUUCUGGAAGGGCAGUGAGUUAGGCACCGAGCCAGCGGCCCAGCCAGCAGCACCCAGCACCACCAGCGAGGUGGUUCGGAUCCUGGAGCGCUGGUGGGGGACCAAGCGGAUCGACUACUCGCUGUACUGCCCCGAGGCGCUCACGGCCUUUCCCACAGUCACGCUGCCMCACCUCUUCCACGCCAGCUACUGGGAGUCGGCUGACGUUGUGGCCUUCAUCCUGCGCCAGGUAAUUGAGAAGGAGCGGCCACAGCUGGCAGAGUGUGAGGAGCCAUCCAUCUACAGCCCUGCUUUCCCCAGGGAGAAGUGGCAGCGCAAACGCACGCAGGUCAAGAUCCGGAACGUCACUUCCAACCACCGGGCCAGCGACACGGUAGUGUGUGAGGGCCGACCCCAGGUGCUGAACGGGCGCUUCAUGUAUGGGCCCUUGGACGUGGUCACGCUCACUGGAGAGAAGGUGGAUGUCUAUGUCAUGACACAACCGCUGUCCGGCAAGUGGAUCCACUUCGGCACCGAAGUCACCAACAGCUCGGGCCGCCUCACCUUCCCGGUGCCCUCCGAGCGUGCGCUGGGUAUUGGUGUCUACCCUGUGCGCAUGGUGGUCAGGGGCGACCACACUUAUGCCGAGUGCUGCCUGACGGUGGUGGCCCGCGGCACGGAGGCCGUGGUCUUCAGCAUCGACGGCUCCUUCACCGCCAGCGUUUCCAUCAUGGGCAGCGACCCCAAGGUGCGCGCUGGCGCUGUGGAUGUGGUCAGGCACUGGCAAGACGCGGGCUACCUGAUUGUGUACGUAACCGGGCGGCCCGAUAUGCAGAAGCACCGCGUGGUGGCCUGGCUGUCGCAACACAAUUUCCCCCACGGCGUUGUUUCUUUCUGCGAUGGCCUCACGCAUGACCCCCUGCGCCAGAAGGCCAUGUUUCUGCAGAGCCUGGUGCAGGAGGUGGAACUGAACAUUGUAGCUGGCUACGGGUCCCCCAAAGAUGUGGCUGUGUACGCAGCACUGGGCCUGUCCCCCAGCCAGACCUAUAUUGUGGGCCGUGCUGUCAGGAAGCUGCAGGCGCAGUGCCAGUUCCUUUCGGAUGGCUACGUAGCCCACCUGGGCCAACUGGAGGCAGGCUCCCACUCUCACGCCCCCUCAGGACCCCCUCGAACUGCCUUGGCCAAGAGCAGCUAUGGGGUGGCUGCCCCUGUGGACUUCCUCCGCAAGCAGAGCCAGUUGCUUCGCUCCAGGGGCCCCAGCCAAGCAGAACGUGAGGGCCCAGGAACACCACCCACCACCCUGGCCCGGGGCAAAGCACGAAGCAUCAGCCUCAAGUUGGACAGUGAGGAGUGAGGCCCACUGUGGCUGGACCUGGAUUAUUUACUGAUACUUGAGGGGCCCAAGUGGCUGUGGGGGGGAGGCCAGGGGCCUAGACUCUGGCCCCAGCCCUUGGCUUCCCCAGCCCCUUGCCCUGCAUCUGUCUGCCCCUCAGUGUUACUUCCCUUUCGUGGGGGACCCAACCCUGGGGGGAGGGAGGAGGGAGUGGGCAAGGGCCCCGAGGUUUUUCCAGUGUGUGUAAACCCAUGAAAAUAAACCUCAUCUCGCCUGACUGCCAGCCUGCGGGGCAGCUGAGCCUAACUUCCAGUUCAGUGCGACACUGAAGCACAGAGGCCAGGACCUGCCAGGACCAUGAAGCAGGUCUGAGACAGGACCAGGAUACAGUGUAGGCCUCAUGAGCCUUCUUAGAGCACCUGGCCUGGCCUCUUCCCCAGGCUUCUUUCUGGACAGCCCGCUGUUCCACCCCAACCCUCCUCAACAGGAGCCAUUUGGCUGCUGACUCUCCCUCCUUCAAGGGACCAUGGGACCAGGGCUGGACGGGAAAGACCUGCCCUGGAAGAACACCUUCUCUGGCACCAAGCCACUUGUUUUCAUCUCUCCCUCAAGCCUGGAGGCUCCUGGGGCUCCCCCAUUCAGCCAGGGAGAAACUUGCCCUUGUUUCUAUGUCGGGGACACU